AUAAGUUUGAAAAACUGGGAAAAAACUCUAGCAUUUUGUUAACAAUCUGGUGCAGAAAUACAUACAGAACGUGUUCCUGAAUAAUCUGGUGGUGCCGCGCACAACCGACUCAUCGUCUUCCGUUUAAAUAAUUCUCACAUCCCAGACCUGUAUAUUAUCUAGCGCCGUCAGUCUUUUUCGAAUUCCUCUUUAGAAAACCUGGGAUUGUAGAUCUUGAUGAAACCCCACCCCCUUUAGUUCUACUGUAUAACCUCAGAUGGGCAAGUGGAACCGGAGAUACGUGCCCAGAAGGAAUUACAAUCAAUAUAAGAACUUCCAUCCCACUGAUUAUGAUGAUGAAGCUCAGCCUGUUAUUCAGGAAAACAGCGCACCUUCAUGGGAGAUAGAUUUCUGCAAAUCGGUAGGAAUACCUUGGAAUAAAGUUGUCAAUAUGAAGAAGUACAUUAGCUGCUAUGAUAAUGUGGCUAAGUGGGAUGAUUCUGCAAGUCAACUAACCUUUAUUGAUGCCAAAAAAAGAUAUUGGGCUAUGAUUAAUGGCCAUCACUGUGACAACGCUUUGCCUGAUGCUUUUAAGUAUGUUGACAAAGUUGAUUGGAAUGCAAAGAUUGACCCUGGAUUGAUAUCGGAUUUAGAAGGACAGUUUUUCAAUCCUGAUGAAGUAGAGUCGAGCAACUUAGAUGAUAUUUCUGGAUGCACAACAUCACAAGAUGCCAAAAAUACAAAGGAUGGUGAGAAUGCUUGGGAUGACUUGAAAAGGGUGAAAAAUGUUGAGAAUCCAUGGGAAGAGAAUCACACAAGAACUGCAGGGUCUUCCAAGAGUACUGGAUGGAUAGGUGGAGGAAAUGUAUCAUGGAUUCAGAACUCGUCAAGUACACCGGAUAAUGCUUGGAACAGUUCUUGGAAUAAUGAUACAAGGCAAAAAGAUUGGAGCUAUAACACUAAUGGUUCUUGGAGUCAAAAUGCUUGGGAUGAUAGGAAUCGGAAUGGUUUCCAAACACAUAAUAAUUGUGAGCCUUGGGGAAAUAACAAAACCCUAGGAGGUGGAGCUCCGAAAAGAGAAUGGUCUCAGCAGUGGGAAAAUAAUUGUAACAAUUGGACAAAGACAGGCAGUCAGAGUAACCAGGUCCCAUAUUCAGAGUGGGAAAGAAUCAAUACCAGGAAGGAGUCAUUCUAUGGUGGUCCAAACAAGAGGGAAUGUUCUUCAUACCAUACUUCAAGGUUUACAAGUUCAAGGUUUCAAGGAGAUGAAGAGGGUGCAUCUUGCAAUUGGAGGAAUUCGUAGGACUUGGUGCGGAAUGUAAAUGACGAGAUUUGCCUUGACUGAAAAGGGUCCUUGUGUAAUAUUCAUUUGAUACCAGUAUACCACAGUGGAUCUCCAGCUAAUGUAUCCAAUCACACACAAUGCCCCUUAGCAGUGUUGUUUUUAAUCCCACGUCUUUUUCCAGUCAAGAUUUUCCUGGGGGAGACCUUGAGCACAUGUUUUGACUGCUAAUAGUUGUGAUAAUGUAUGCAAAUUAACGCACAAUGGGAUUUUUGAGGUCAUCUGCUAUACAGCCAUCAUGAACUUAAUGUAUAAAUGUAUUCACAGUGUUUUGUAAAGUCAACUGAUCUCUGCUUCGGCUGAUUGAUUUUUGUUGCUUAUAAAUGUUUUCUUCUGA